AUGGAAAAAUUCGAUGUCCUCAUCUGUGGCAGCGGUUCGGCUGGUCUUUGCGCUGCCGCUUGGUUGGCCCAAUAUGGUGUUCGAUGCAAGGUGCUGGAACGACGUGAUGGCCCUAUGAAGAUGGGACAGGCAGAUGGCGUGCAAUGCCGUACUGUGGAGAUCUUCGAGAGUUUCGGCAUUGGCGAGGAGCUUCUACGAGAAGCCUAUCAUGUCCUUGAGGUCAACUUCUGGGCAGAUGAUGGCUCUGGCGACCUCAAGCGUACAGGACGCACCGCGGACACACAGCCAGGUCUAUCACACCAACCCCACGUCAUUUUGAAUCAAGCUCGCAUCAAUGGGCUUCUCAUUGAGCUCAUGCAGAAGUACAAUGAUCAACAGAUCGACUAUGGAUACAACGUCACGGAUGUCCAAGUCAAUAGCACCUUGGCCACGGACCCGGAUGCUCAUCCAGUCACGGUGACUGCAGAGAAAGACGGGAAAGUUCAGACCUUCGCCGCCAAAUAUGCUCUGGCAUGCGAUGGCGCCCACAGCGUUGUCCGCAAGGCGCUAGGCUAUAAAAUGGUCGGUGAUAGCAGCGACGCCGUUUGGGGUGUUAUGGAUAUGGUUCCCCGAACCAACUUCCCUGACAUUCGCAAAAAGUCCACUCUCCGCUCCAAAGCUGGAAAUAUCCUAAUCAUUCCCCGCGAGGGUGAGAACAACAACUUGACGCGCUUCUAUAUCGAGCUUGCACCAGGCACCAACCCUAAGGAUGUGACGCUAGAGAGUCUACAUGAACAGGCACAGGCUAUUUUCCAUCCCUACAAGGUGGAAUUCGCCGAGACAGUAUGGUGGUCGGCCUACUCCAUCGGUCAGCGUCUGGCUGACUAUUUCCACAAAGACCAUCGAGUCUUCCUGGCCGGCGACGCCUGCCAUACCCACUCCCCCAAGGCUGGCCAGGGAAUGAAUGUCAGCUUGCAGGAUGGGUACAAUAUUGGCUGGAAGCUGGGAGAGGUUCUGACUGGUUUGGCCACUCCAUCUCUUCUCGAAACCUACGUCCUCGAGAGACAAAAGGUAGCCAGUGAUCUGAUCGAUUUCGACCGGUACUUCUCUAAGCUCUUUUCUUCCGGGGCCAAAACCACCCCUGCCGAGUUUCAACAGGGUUUCAUUAAGUCCGGCAAAUACACUGCAGGUCUGACAGCCAAAUAUGGAGUCUCGUCAAUCACAACAUCCAUGGAGUCUACCCAGCUUGCCUCGAAUGUAGCUGUUGGCAUGAGACUACCCAGCGCACAAGUUGUCCGAUUCUGUGACUCCAAGCCUCAGCAACUCAUGAAGGCACUUAAAUCCGAUGGACGAUGGCGCAUCAUGGCCUUUGUGGGAGAUUUGAGUAUCGCCGACAACCGGAAAAAAUUGACUAAUCUCGGAGACUAUCUUUACUCACAGGAGGGACCAGUCCACACCUUCACGCCAAGCUCUCAUGAUGUUGAUGGCUUGAUUGAGACUAUUGUCGUGGGUCAUGGAAAGCGUCACGACGUCGAACUGGAGCAAAUCCCUGAAUGUUACUAUCCAGUGAAUGGCCGAAACAAGACAAGAGACUUGCACAAGAUCUACUACGAUGACGAGAGCUAUAACGCCGGCCACGGCCAAGCUUACCAAUCCCUGGGCAUUGAUCCAGCACAAGGCGCCCUUAUCAUUGUCCGUCCCGACCAAUAUGUCUCCGCUGUGAUGAGCAUCAGUGACUACCCUGAGAUUGGCAAAUUCUUUAGCGGAUUCCUCAAAUCACAGCUGUAG